AAAGAGCCAAGUGACAAUCACUCUCGCAGCCAUGGACGAGUACAAGAAGAGCGUGACGGCGGCGGGCGCGGCGCUGCUCUCGGAGCUGCCGCAGCGCGUGGCGCACGUGCAGGCGCUGGUGCAGCAGCACGCGGCGGAGCGCUCGCCCUCGGCGGUGCGCGCCAAGUUCGCGCAGGCGGUGCUGGCCGCGCCCAGCGCCGUGGGCUCCAACGGCGGCGUGCAGUCGCUGCUGGCGGUCGUGGGCGACGAGGUGGCGAAGCUGCUGAGCGCCAUCGCGCAGCUGCAGCUCUGGAUCCAGCUCCAGGUGCCUAAGGUCGAGGACGGCAACAACUUUGGCGUGGAGGUGCAGAAGUACGCGUACGUGCAGCUCAAGGAGGCGCUGGACAAGUGGCAGAAGACGUGGGACGCGCUGGCCGACUACAGCUCGGCUCGUGCGUCGGCCGUGGAGAAGCUCAACGCCAAGGCCACCUCGGAGACGAGCACGACGACCACCGUCACCUCUUCGAAGGGUGGCAAGGACGGCGACGAGGAGAAGAGCGUCACGGCCAAGGUGGAGAAGCAGAGCAACAACGGCAGCAAUGCGGCGGAGGACGCCGUCGCUGCCGUCGUGGAGCUCGACGUCAAGUGGUACUUCAACUUGGUGCGCGCCCUGGAGGGCGUUCGCGACCAGUACGCUGUCACGGCGGACGUGAUCGCCAAGAACCAGGAGAAGAUCGAGCUGCCCCGCGGCAAGAACGACCGCGCGGGUUUCAACAUGUUCUAGACGCAAUCACGACGGAGGUACCGAUGCAAUGAGCAAGCUGUCUGUAAGGUCUGAUGCGGACUGUUUGGAGAGCCUGUGCCUAACAUCCAGGCCUCUGGGGGAGAAGUGGUGAGUACGAUUGCUGAGUUGACAGGCAGUCGACGAUUAGGAAACGUUCUCGUCCCGUAAAAUAAUCGAGGGGCGUGAAGCAGAUCUUGCCUGCCUUAGCGCCUCAGCGGU